GGGGGGGGGGAACGACUGUUUGCUUGUUUAUUUAUUCAUGGCUUUUUUUCUUACACAGGGGGUGGCGGAAGAAGCGCGGGGGGGCGGUUAUUAUUAUCAUUUUUAUUCCUCCCCCCCCCCCCUUUUUUUUUUCUUCCUUUCCUCUCUUUCCGCAUUAACCGGUUUUGUCUAGAAAGUGGUCUCGCUGGCUGGAAGGUCUAACGGGGGAAUAUUUUUGCAUCGCGCUUUGGCAGGAAUGCGGCAGCCUUAGCGAGGGACCCAAAUUUCCGUGGCGGUGCUUAGAGAGGAAAAACCCCACGUUCCCACGGGUCGGGUAGGUCGGAGCCGCUUCGCUUUUGUUCCUCUGCUCUGGGAUCUCGCGCGCCGGGGGCUGGCGGUGGGUUCGGGGUGUGUGAAGUUGUCCUCCUUGUCCCCCCGUAGAAAAACGCCCCGCGUGCAGCACCCGGUCUCAGCUAGAGCUGGAGAUGGACGCGGAUAAGGGGAAGCAACGCCAGUACUCGCAGAGGAUGGCGGAGCCUCGCUUCAACAACCCCUACUUCUGGCCGCCCCCCCCCACCAUGCCCAGCCAGCUGGACAACCUGGUCCUGAUCAACAAAAUCAAGGAGCAGUUGAUGGCGGAGAAGAUCCGCCCCCCGCACUUGCCCCCCACCUCCGUGGCCUCCCAGCAGCCCCUCCUGGUGCCCCCCUCCCCCGCCGAAAGCAGCCAGUCCAUCAUGUCCCUCCCCAAACUGCAGCAGGUCCCGGGUCUCCACCCUCAAGCCGUCCCCCAGCCCGACGUGGCCCUGCACGCCCGACCGGCCACCAGCACCGUCACAGGGUUGGGGCUGGCUUCCCGCGCGCCGGCGGUCAGCACCUCCGAAUCCAGCACGGGGACGGGGACCACCACCCCAUCGACUCCCACCUCCACCAGCCAGAGCCGCCUCAUCGCCUCCUCACCCACCCUAAUCUCAGGAAUCACCAGCCCCCCUCUCCUCGACUCCAUAAAGACAAUCCAGGGCCACGGCUUGCUGGGGGCACCCAAGGCGGAACGAGGCCGGAAGAAGAUCAAGGCAGAAAAUCCCUCGGGACCGCCGGUCCUGGUGGUGCCCUAUCCCAUCCUGGCCUCGGGGGAGACCGCCAAAGAGGGGAAGACGUACAGGUGUAAGGUCUGCCCCUUGACGUUCUUCACCAAGUCGGAGAUGCAGAUCCACUCCAAGUCGCACACAGAGGCCAAGCCCCACAAGUGCCCCCAUUGCUCCAAAUCCUUCGCCAACGCCUCCUACCUGGCCCAGCACCUGCGCAUCCACCUGGGCGUCAAACCCUACCACUGCUCCUACUGCGAGAAGUCCUUCCGCCAGCUGUCCCACCUCCAGCAGCACACCAGAAUCCACACCGGCGACAGACCCUACAAGUGCCCGCACCCCGGCUGCGAAAAGGCCUUCACGCAACUCUCCAACCUCCAGUCCCACCAGCGACAGCACAACAAGGACAAGCCCUACAAGUGCCCCAACUGCUACCGGGCCUACACCGACUCGGCCUCGCUGCAGAUCCACCUCUCGGCUCACGCCAUCAAGCACGCCAAGGCCUACUGCUGCAGCAUGUGCGGCCGCGCCUAUACCUCGGAGACCUAUUUGAUGAAGCACAUGUCCAAACACACGGUGGUGGAGCACCUCGUCAGCCAGCACUCGCCGCAGAGGACGGAGUCGCCCGGCAUUCCCGUACGGAUCUCCCUCAUCUAACGCGGCGGGGGGGGAACACGACGCGCAAGGGACACCCCCCCCCCCCCCAAAUCAGAGGAGGAGGAGGACGACGAAGCCACCCCCCCCUGCCCCGCCGCAGCACCCCAGCCCUGGCCGGGAGCCGUGCCCGGGGUCACGUCCCCCCCCCCGCACCUCGCUCCAGGUCCCCGCAGGUUUGGUGACAUCCAAAGACGGUUUCAGAGCACUUUGAAUCUCUGCGGUUUUGGUUUAUUUUUUUGGGGGGGAGGGGGUGGGGGCACCGAGGAGGGGAACGGGGCGGGGGGGUUUUUCCUCCUCCCGUGAGGCCCCCCCCCUCCCUGCCCCGCCCCGCCCCCUCUCCUCUCAUUUUUUGGAUACAAAUAUAUAUAUAUAUUUAUUGGCCAAGAAGUUGGUGCUGCUAAAAACAGAAAUAAGACCCAAAACGAACCGUGGAUGGAGGAAAAAAAAAAGAAUGGAAAAGAAAAAAAAAAAAAAAAAAUGACGCUCGGGGUGUAUGUGGGGGGGGGUCCUGCCGCUGCUUCCCCCCCCCCCCCCCCCCCCAACGGACUCUCCGGCGGGAGCAGAUGGGACUCGGGCCAGGGCCCGCAGCGGCCGCCACCUCCUUGGGGACAUUUGGAGCUUUUCUUUUUAAACAUUUUCGGGGGGGUUUGGGGGGGGGUUUGGAGGGCUUUCUUUUUGGGUCUCUCCCCCCCCCCCCCCCCCCCUUCUCUGGGGCUGGAUCCGCCCCACCCCCCAGAUUCCCAGGAUCCCCCCCCAAAAAAAAAUCCGUUUUUGGGGAGGGUGCGUGUGUGGAAAAUCGCUUUGCCUUGUGCCUGCCGGCCCCGGGCGCCUGUACAUAACCCCUGUAUAGAGCCGGAGGGGGGGUGGGGGGGGUGGGGGAGGCGUGACACCCCCCCCCCCCGAUCCCCCCCCCCCAGCGCCGCGACAAAGAAAAACUCAUCUAUAUUCUGUACUCUUUGGUUCCGUUUUUUGGAUAUUAACUGUGUUAUUUUUUUAUACACUUUUUAAGCCUUAACUUCAGCCUUUUAUUUUCGGGGUUGUUUUCGCCAGGGUUGGUUUAUUUACCUUCUGUUUAUUAAUUUUUAACACCCCCCCCCCCUCGUUAUUUUUUAUUCCCCCCCCCAUUUCCUUGUUUUUUCCCCCCCCCUCGAUGUUGUACGAUACUCAAUAUUGUAAUCUUUUUUGUCAGCAUGUUAAUACCGUGUAAAUACGCCUCUUAUACACUUAAUGCCCCCCCCCUUCUUCCAGCCCCCCCCCCCC